AUGGCUCUUUCUGUCCGAUCUCAAUCCAUGAUUUACCUACUUCUUACACCCAGAGCCAUUGAGAACACUGAGAUGCGUUCGACUGUCUUUUCUGCGUUGCUUUGCGCUGGCCUUGCCUCCGCUGUAGCUAACACGUUUGUUGACUGGGACACCGCCGUUUCGAAGGCCAAUGCAAUUCUAGCAGAACUUACCCUCGAAGAGAAAACGGCAGUCGUCACCGGUGCGAACCCGCUGACCGGCCUUGGUUGCAUCGGCAGCAUUGGUGCAAUCCCGCGUCUCAACUUCUCUGGCAUCUGUUACUCAGACGGUUCGUCUGGCGUGAACCGUGCCGAUCUUACAAGUGUGUUUCCAGCGGGUUUGACAGCUGCUGCAACUUGGGAUGCGGACUUGAUGUACCGUCGUGCGGUGGCCAUCGGUGAAGAAUUUCGAGCAAAGGGCAUGCAUGCUUGCUUAGGUCCCGUGGCAGGACCACUCGGCCGUCAUCCGCUUGGAGGUCGUGUCUGGGAGGGGUUUUCUCCCGAUCCCUACCUCACCGGCAUCGCGAUGGAUCGCUCUAUUCGAGGCCUCCAAAGCGUGGGUGUUCAGUCAAUCACGAAACACUUCAUCGGCAACGAGCAAGAAACGCAACGCACUAAUGUCACCCUUCCCGAUGGAUCCAACAUCGACGCCGUAUCUACCAACAUGGACGACCGCACCCUUCACGAGCUCUACCUCUGGCCUUUCAUGGAUGCCAUCAACGCGAAGCCUGCCGCAGUCAUGUGUAGUUACAAUCGUUUCAACCAGACAUAUACUUGCGAGCACUCCAAGCUGCUGACUGGUAUUCUGCGGGAUGAGCUCGGUUUUGAGGGGUACACCGUGUCUGAUUGGUAUGCCACACACUCAACUGCGGCCUCUAUCAACGCUGGCCUGGAUAUGGAAAUGCCUGGCACAACUGUACCCGGACAGGGUACUUCAUGGUUCGGAAGCCACGUCAAAGAUGCCGUUCAAGAUGGCAGCGUUUCCACAAAUCGCCUAGACGAGAUGGUUCGUCGUAUUUUGACCCAGUACUACCUCCUAGGCCAAGAUGAUAGCAGCUUCCCGAGCCUGGAUCCUUCAACUCUCUCAGUCAUCGCAACCCAGUAUCAACAAAAUUUAGGAGAUCUUGUCAGCAACACUCCUGCCAGAGAUGUACGUGGUGACCACGCGAAGCUCAUCCGAGAAAUAGGGGCCGCCGGUGUUGUCCUGCUCAAAAACAAUAACACGCUGCCUCUCAUGACUCCUAUGAACAUUGGUGUCUUUGGCAAUGAUGCUGGCGACUUGACGGAUGGCUUGAUCUACCAAGACCCUCCUGCAACGAACGUCGGGUUCGAGUACGGAACUUUAGACAUUGGCGGGGGCUCUAGUAGCGUUCGCCAUACGUACGUGGUUACCCCGCUGGACGCCAUCAAGGAGCGAGCCAAGGGCUUUGGGGCUCGCGUGCAGUACAUCCUCAACAAUGAACGUCUCGCAGCCGGGGACUUUCAUAGCAUUUACCCCGUGCCCGAUGUAUGCAUCGUCUUCCUCAAGACCUUUGCCGCAGAGGGAUUCGACCGCGUCUCCUUUGAGGCAGAUUGGAACUCCACAGCAGUGGUCACGCAGGUUGCGAAUAUGUGCAACAAUACCGUUGUGAUCACCCAUUCCGUUGGUGUCAACACCAUGCCAUGGGCCAGCCAUCCUAAUGUUCGCGCCAUCGUCGCCGCUCACCUGCCUGGCGAACAGACUGGUAAUUCCAUCGCUGACGUCCUCUGGGGCGACAUCAACCCGUCUGGUAGACUGCCUUACACCAUUCCAAAGACUGAAGCGGGCUAUGACAUCCCGGUUACGAACCUGACAAGCGAUGAAGUGUCUUCUCCUGGUGCGUGGCAAGCCAACUUUACCGAGGGUCUGAAUAUCGAUUAUCGUCAUUUCGACGCCGAGGGAAUCGAGCCGCUGUACGAGUUUGGAUUUGGUCUUAGCUACACAACUUUCGACCUGUCGUCCGACCUCUCAGUCAAGGCUUUGACAGCAAACAUGGCACCUUUGGCUCGCGCUGCGAAUGAGUCUUCAGUACCUCUGAGCGACCUCUUCCUUCCCGUGGCGAACGCGACGAUUCAAGUGGCGAACACCGGCGAUCGAAGCGGCGCAACCGUUGUUCAACUCUACUUGUCACUGCCUACUGAUUCGGCUCCCUCUGGCACGCCUGUCCAGGUCCUUCGAGGCUUCUCAAAGGUUGAGCUAGGUCCAGGUGAGACCCGCGAGGUUGCUUUCGAGUUGAAUCGUCGAGACUUCAGCUACUGGGACACUGAUGCUCAGACUUGGCGCAUUCCCGUAGGAGAUUUUCAACUCCAUGUUGGCUUCAGUUCGAGGAACCUUCUGGAACCGAUCAAAUUUUCGAUGCUGUGA